UUUAUUUUUUUUUAACAAUCCUUGUUUAUAUCGAAAUUGUGAUAUAUAUUUUACAAAACAAACCUAUUAACCCGAAAUAAACAAUGACCUGUAACUAAAGAAUAAUGAGAAAAGAAAUGAGCUAACUCGCUUAUUCUUCGUCUUCUUCUUCUUCGUCUUCAGCGACAGAGUAGAAUUGCAAUUGGUAUUGGUUUUGCUUGACAGCAACAAAUCUAAUCCAGUCUCUGAUUUGGUUCUUCUUCAAGUAUCUCUUGGUCAAGUACUUUAAGUACUUACCGGAGAACUUAGCAGUAGAAACAACGACAACCUUGUUACCUUCGGUGGUGACAGAGAUUUCUUCACCUAAGUUACCGACGAUACCUUCAACCUUGAUGUGUUCAACUAAGUACUUGACGUAACCUUCUUGGUCGAAAACACCGUUUUCAACUGGAGCAGAGGUGUCGACGACGAACUUCUUAGCAGCCUUGGAUUUCUUGGAGGUCUAGAAUAAAGGUUAGCCUACCGCACAUUCAAAAUGUUCCCUAUCUUCGAUAUGUUUAACAAGAAAUAAGAACAUUUUUUGACAGCAAAGCCUUCCCCUAUACGGGUAAAAGUCUCUAGGUUUUGUAAAAAAGAUUUAAUAUUGGUAAAAAAAAAAUAAAGAAAAAACCAAUAAACAAGAUUCAUCACCCGUAUAACUAUGGGAAAAGUUAUACUUUCAAUUAUUCAUUUCGUAAACUAUCAAAUAAGAUCCACUUGGACUAAGACCCAAAUUCAAGAAAUUUAUAAUACCCCAUUGCUUGAACUCAUUCACCAAUCCAGUUUACAACAUCGACAAUACCAUGACCCAAGUGAAGUGCAACUCUGUACUUUACUUUCCAUUAAGACUGGUGGAUGCACUGAAGAUUGCAGCUAUUGUGCCCAAUCAUCACGUCACAACACCGGAUUGCAAGCUGAGAAAUUGAUCUCAGUUGAAUCAGUGUUGGAAAAAGCAAGGAUUGCCAAAGCUAAUGGAUCCACUAGAUUCUGUAUGGGUGCUGCUUGGCGUGAUAUGCAUGGUAGAAAGUCGGGGUUGCGUAAGAUUGGAGAUAUGGUGGAACAGAUUAAUGCCAUGGGGAUGGAAACUUGCGUUACCUUGGGCAUGAUCAGUGAAGAACAGGCUGUGGCCUUGAAAGAAAAAGGGUUGACUGCGUACAAUCAUAAUGUGGAUACUCUGAGGGAACACUACCCCAAUGUUAUCACUACGAGAACUUACGAUGAUAGGUUAGAUACUAUCAAGAAUGUUCAAAAAGCAGGCAUUAGUGCAUGUACCGGUGGGAUCUUGGGACUUGGUGAAACUCCUGAUGAUCAUGUUUCAUUCUUGUACACCUUAGCCACAUUAGACCCACAUCCAGAAUCAUUACCUAUUAAUAGAUUAGUUCCAAUUAUCGGUACUCCCAUGGAAAAGGAAUUACGCAGUUUACCGCAGGAAAAGAAAUUGCAAUUUGACCAGAUUUUAAGAACUAUCGCUACUGCAAGAUUAAUUAUGCCCGAUUCGAUUAUUAGAUUGGCUGCUGGGAGAUACACUAUGAAGGAACAUGAACAAUUCUUGUGUUUUCUUUGUGGUUGUAAUGCUAUAUUUACUGGUGAAAAGAUGUUGACUACCAUGUGUAAUGGUUGGGAUGAGGAUAUUGCCAUGUUGAAGAAAUGGGGGUUACGUCCAAUGAAAAGUUUCAGAAAGGAACUUGCUGGUGAAUAAGUUUGAUUUACAUUCGAUAAAUAGUCUGUCUAUAUAUUUUGAAUUGUGUCAAUUUUAUUAUCCUUAUGUAGCUUUCGUAAUAGUGUGUUGGUAGUGCUCACUAUGGGUAACGAAAACAGUUCAUCUGGGUCUUCGACCGUUUCAUUUUUACCUUCUUCUUGUGCCUCCUCCACCUCCUCCUGCUCUUGCUGGUCAUCUCUUUCAGUCAACUCAAGCGUGGCCUCGUCUAUUAUGUCUUCUACACCGGCUUCGCCGUUUAUUUCAAACAAAUCAGGCGAAACUGACAACAAUUGAUCUAGUCCACCACCACUCCAGCCUUUCUUGGCUAUCGAUUCGUAAAUCUCUAAUUCAGCCCGCACCAACCCGCCAGUUCUAGUCAACAAGUGUUCUCGAUUAUAUCCAGCCACCAAUGCAUUUAUCUCGUGAUAAUACUCAUACUUUACUCGAUCAAUAUCAUCCAACUGGUUAGUCAAGCUCAACAAGUUGUUCUUAUACUUGUUCAAAUCUCUUGUCUUUUUCUUUCUCAAUUUCAAAUUCUCGGCUUCGUGCUCCUUUAGAAGUUUGGAUUUGGACUUGAUUUCUUGUUGGUAAUACGAAUGAUUCUGGCCAUACUCCACUUUCAACUUUAUUAAUUCCUGUUGGAGUGGUUCAAUGAAACUAGUAUGCAUCAUUCGGCCGAGGAUCUGAUGAUUGCUAGCCAUGAUAUACUGUAGCCCUGCCGCAUUGCUUAUUCCAUCCUCGACCAUAGUAGUGUUGUUGACUUUGGGACACUCGCUAAUGCACUGUUCCAAAGCUUGGCCAAACUGGUUAGCGGCAGCACUCACUGCUUCAAGAGCAGCUUGCAAAUUCGUGGCUGUCUUGAAAAGCUCCUCAUAAGUGUUCGUUAUAUGCUUGAAAUCGGUCGUUGUAAUGAUAUCAUUGCUGCUCAUAUCGAGAACAGAAGGAGAAAACGAUGUGAAUGUGUUGAGUGAAGUUUGUCGAGACGCAGGAGCGGCAUUAUCCAGAUUCAUGAUAGUGAUGAACUCGGAAAGAUGGUUGGGAGGCAGAGAAGGCAGAAGCUGUGACUGUUUGAUAGAUCCAUUGUCCAGUAUAUCAGAUGUGAUCUGAUUAUUUUGCGAUGUAACUUCCAUGGUUAUGAAGAAUAGG